GUAGUUUUACAAAAUAUCAAACAUAUUUGUACCUCGAACUUCCCAUUUUUAAGAGGAAGGUACAACUAACUAAAGCAGGAAAUUAUAGUGCAUAACAGUUCAGCUAAACGAUGGAUAUAAACACACAAAAAAAUACAACCUUUUAACUUCGACUUUAUCUCAGAAGUAAAUAGAAAUAUAAACUGCAGAAAGCCAAACAAUGUCUAACAACUCCAAUAGUUCUAACAACCACAUCGACUCUAACGAACGAGCUAGUACAAAAAGCACCAGACAAGAUGUCAUCGAUAGACAAAGGUUAGACAAUCAAAUACAAUGGAUAGAUAACCAUAUUCAGAUGAGAUAUAAUAUUGAACAACUGAGAGAUACUUGCAGACAACACAAUCACAACGAAAGACAGAUGGAAAAAAACAAAAUACAAAUGCAAGAGUAUCUUAAGCAAUUGAGGGAAUACCUUGAAAAAGUGAAAGAAUUUGAACGAGAAGUAUCAAACGGGGAUUCUGUAUUAUUAUCCGAUAACACUCACACACCACCAGAUUCUCCACCAGAAUACGAGCUUUGAGAAGCAUAAAAUUAUAACUAGCUAAACACGUUCAUAUAAUACAUAGUUUGGGUGUUUGUGAGACUAGAAUGUACACUCAGUUAAUUUGACUCUUAUAGUCGAUCCAUCGCGAUGGUUUUGAAGCAAAGAUAUGAGUAUUCAAACUAUCGAAGGAUAAACUGUCCAAACCCGCUUACAACAAGUACUUUCUUAAUACGAGUUAGAAAGUAUUUAUUUAUUUUGUCUGGGAAUUCAGUUCAAAUAAUUUACCUUCCAAAUUCUGCGUCCGGUAGUUUGGAAGGGAAGAAUAAAGUGUCAAUGGUAAUAGUCCAUUAUUUUCG